AUGGACAUUCCACCAUCGUCCAUAGCAUGCGUGUCGACGAGUCAGGCAAGGGUACCGUAUCCGCUUCUUCCGCCGGAUGAAGCCUACGCCCUCUUAUCGAGGAAUCUUGUCGUUGUUGCUACCGUAGCUAUAUGGAUUUGGGAUUUUCUGCUCUCCCUUCCCGGGGACUACCAGCUUCACAAAUCUCAUGCCAUAACACCACCCUGCAUGGUUUACUUGGUCUCAAGAAUCCCACUGCCUUCCAGGAUCGCGACACUCGGUCUCUGUAUCUACUCCGUGGUCUACGCAGAGCGGCCCUUAGUGCACCCAAUCGGAAACUGCGAAGACAACGACCUUGCCAUGGGAGCGAUAACAGUGCCCGCAUAUGCCUCGUGCACACUGCUUGUCCUUCUCCGCGUCCGCGCCACAUUCCACGGCUCACCGCAUUUCAUUUAUACAUACUCCAUCUUCUGGCUUGCCCAUUUAGCUUUUACCACCGCGGCCUACUUUGCGCUUCGUCACCCUGUUUCUUCAAUCAGUGGGACGGGAUUUUGCAGUCCUAGCCGGGUCAACUAUUUAUACACGGCGUCAGCAACCUUCUUGUGCCUUUAUCACACCGCGAUGGUCGUCGGCGUUUCAUUACGGAUGGCAUCGAUGGCCGACAAGACCGGUGCGACGGAGGAAAGACGGGCUGCAAGAUUGAGGAACGCAAUCCUUGGAAGUCACCUUCCGUCGUUCUCUCGCGGAAUGUUGCGCAACACCCAAAUUUACUGCAUGGCGACGCUUGUCUUCGGUAUCUUGUGUGUCGUAUGGUCACACGUUCACCAGCAUUCGCCCUACUACGGGUCGUUGUUCACCCUGCCCAGCGUUGCGAUCAUGAACAUCAUGGCUUGUCGUGUGUACAGAAACACCAAGCCGGACGGUGUUUAA